GCUCCGGGAGGCUCCGGCCCGGCACCCGCUGCUCCUCUCUCCUUCCUUCCUCCCUCCCUCCCUCCCCGGGUCUCCCGUCCUCGCUGAGCAUGGCCCGGCCGCCGGUGCUGGCGUUGCUCCUGGCGGCGGCGGCGGCGGCUGGCUGGACGGCGGCGCAGAACUGCACCUGCCUCACCAACAAGUGGACCGUCUGCAACCCGACGGGCUCCGGGGGCGGCUGUCAGUGCACGGUGUUGGGCUCCAGCCACGUGGCGGACUGCAGCACCCUGACGUCCAAGUGCCUGCUCAUGCGCGCGCGCACGAGCCCGCACAAAGCGCGCAAGCUCAUCGAGCCCGGCGAGCGCGCGGUGGUGGACAACGACGGUCUGUACAGCCCGGACUGCGACGGCUGGGGCCGCUUCAAGGCCCGCCAGUGCAACGGCAGCGACGUGUGCUGGUGCGUCAACUCGGUGGGCGUGCGGCGGACCGACAAGGGGGACCGCACGCUGCAGUGCGACGAGCUGGUGCGCACCAGCUACAUCCUCAUCAACCUGCGGCACGGGGCGCGCUCCCCCGCCUUCAACCGCUCCGAGCUGGCCCGGGCCCUGCGGCGCCUCUUCCGCGAGCGCUACCGGCUGAGCCCCGAGUACGUCACGGCCGUGGAGUACGAGCGCCCCACCAUCCAGAUCGAGCUGCGGCAGAACGCCUCGCAGAAGGCCCGCGGCGAGGUGGACAUCGCCGACGUGGCCUAUUACUUCGAGAGGGAUGUCAAGGGGGAGUCUGUGUUUCACAACCCGCACCUCGGCCUCGAGCUCCGAGGGGAGCCCCUGCGAGUGGAGGACACGAUGAUUUACUACGUGGACGACAAGCCCCCCCAGUUCUCCAUGAAGAGGAUGACUGCCGGGCUGAUCGCUGUCGUGGCGGUGGUGGCGCUGGCCAUCGUGGCCGGCAUCGUGGUCCUGGUCAUCAGCAACAAGAGGAAGUCAGGCAAAUACGAGAAGGUAGAAAUCAAGGAAAUGGGCGACAUGAACAAGCAGCUCGACUCGUAAGGACCGGACCUGUUUGCGAGGAUGCCGGGGAGGGGGAUGGGAGGAGAGAGGGAAGCUUCGCGGCGAAACAGCCUCCUCCCUCUGGAACAGCAAUUGGG